AGGGGCAGCCCUCCCCUUUCCUUCACGAGCGAGCCGGAGCUGGGGAAGGCGCCUCCGCAACUCCUCCUGCCCCGCCGGUGCCUCCCGCAGUAUGAUCUGGAAAACUCUCCCGUUGCUCUGCGCCCUGCUGGCCGCCGCCCGCCUGCGAGCCGAGGAAGAGCCAAGGAGCAAAUCUAAGAUCUGUGCCAAUGUUUUCUGUGGAGCUGGGCGUGAGUGUGCAGUGACGGAGAAGGGAGAGCCAACCUGCCUUUGUAUUGAGAAAUGCAAACCUCACAAGAGGCCUGUGUGUGGAAGCAAUGGCAAGACGUACCUGAACCACUGUGAGCUGCACCGUGAUGCCUGCCUCACUGGCUCUAAGAUCCAGGUGGAUUAUGAUGGCCACUGCAAAGAGAAGAAGUCUGAGAAUCCAGCUGCAAGUCCAGUUGUCUGCUACCAGUCGGACAGGGACGAGCUUCGUCGCCGGGUCAUCCACUGGCUGGAAGCUGAGAUUAUCCCAGAUGGGUGGUUCUCCAAGGGCAGUAACUACAGUGAAGUCCUGGACAAAUAUUUCAAGAGCUUUGAUGAUGGUGAUUCUCGCUUGGACUCCACUGAAUUCCUGAAGUUUGUGGAGCAGAAUGAGACUGCCAUCAACAUCACCACCUACAUGGACCAGGAGACCAACAGGUUGCUUAGGGGACUCUGCGUAGAUGCCCUCAUCGAGCUGUCAGAUGAAAAUGCUGACUGGAAGCUCAGCUUCAAUGAAUUUCUCAAGUGCCUCAGCCCAUCCUUCAACCCACCAGAGAAAAAGUGUGCCCUGGAAGAUGAGACCUAUGAGGAUGGAGCAGAGACCCAGGUGGAGUGCAACCGCUGUGUCUGUGCCUGUGGGAACUGGGUGUGCACCGCAAUGACGUGCGAGGGGAGGAAUGAGAAGGUACCUGCUCAGACACACCGAGCUGAUCAAGAUUUGACUGAGGAGGAGAUGGCCAGAUACGUUGAGGAACUGCAGAAGCAUCAGGAGACGGCUGAGAAGACCAAGAGAAUGAGCACCAAGGAGAUGUAAGGGGCCUCCACAGCGGAGGAGCCCAGGAGGAUGGGCCCAACCUGCCACCCUGUCCUCCAGUGCUGAUCUCAGUAUGCACAAGUGUCUGCUACAGUUGCCCAGUCACAGAUAUUUACAUGUAUAACGAUGGGUUAUUUGUUUUGUAAUACACAAAGAAUGGGGCCAGGAAAGGGGAACAGAGUCCACCUCUUCAGGGAGCUUAAUUGCUGGGACCUUGGAAGGCUGGGAGGGACUUAGAGCAGCCUCUGGGACCCUUUCCCAGAGCAGACAGCUGCUCCUCCAAGAGCUAACAGGGAUUUCUUGUUCCCCUGGAUCUGGGGAAAGGAUGGAGGUCACUGUUGGAUAGAAAAGGGGGUCUUCAGUCAAUACAAUUGUCAACACCAGCCUUGGCUGCACAAAUACAGGCCUGGCAGUUUUGCGGCUGAACACAUGUGCUGCAGGUCAUCAUUAUCCAAGGACCUUACCCUUUGCUUCAAGCUCCUCAAAGCUGAUCAUCCUGGUAUGACACCUGGGAGUCGUGGUGCCAUGCUGCUGGCAUGAGUCCAGCACAUUCCUCCUUGCUUUCCACCAGACUGUCCCCAGCAGCUCCUCCAGUACAACGUAGGCUCCAACACAACAUGGUUCCUUUUGACCUCAUCUCACUCUUACUCUCCCUGCCCCUUCCUUAGAGGUGCUAUCGUAUUUUUUUCUUAUCACAUUCACAUGCUGACUUCCCCCUUUUUUUUUUGUUUUAGGUUUUUUUAAUAUUUUAUUUCCUAUGGUAAUGAUUCAGCUUUUGUAUGUUCUGUAGCUCUAGAUCUUUCAAGAAAACCCAGCGUGUGGGUUUGUAUUGCACUGCACUCAGCCGCCACAAGCACCAUGGGGGAAUUGUAAGCCUUGCGCUACAGGGUAUUUCCCAGCUGGAGAUAUUGUCCCUCUUGGAAAGAAGAGAUAGGGCUGGAUGUAAUUAGUUUCACCAGUCACAGAUUGCCACUGCAGCUCUCUAGCUCUCACUCCCUUAGCUAGCAUUGACCAUGAGCUCAAAGUCUGUGCCUUUCUAAUUGCUCAAAGCAGUCUAGGGACAGAGGGACCAGGCAAUCCCAUUAGUACAGUGUCUUAAAAAACUUAACUAUGUAGAAAACUGUUUAGUUGUGCUGGUGGCAUCAUCUUCCUCUGGGUGAGGCAGUAGCAUUAUUAUUUGAUUACAGGUAUGAGUUUGGAGUCAGGGCUGGAAGCCUAAUUACUGACGCAUUUCUCAAUGUCAUUGAUCAGACCACCUUUGACCACUCUCACAUUCCUUCAUAGUUCAGUUUCAUCCCACACAUUUCUCAGAGCAUUGGUCCUCGAUGUAAAAGAAAUGCUGUUUUGUUGAUAGUCACCUCUGUAGCCUGAAGCCCAGCUGAUUUUCUUAUGCAGUUGUCAAAUGUACUUUGUGCACAGCUGAACAUCCAUGUUCCCUUUCAUGCCUGUGCUGUGCUUCCCAAGCAGUUGCAUGUGCCCUGAUCGACUGCUUGUGACUUCCAUCUUUCUGUUUGUGAGCAACUUCAGUGGUUGUUGCUGUAUAUCUUGCAUCUGCAAAAGCUUGUCUGGAUUGAGUGAAGAUCAGCAGGACUUUUGUCCCAACCUUCCCUUUUUUGCACAGUGCUUUCCUUGGAGAGGAGGAACGAGCUGUUACCUAGAAGUAUAGGAAAAGAAGAAAGCUUGGUUCCUCCUGUGCUCUUUCCUGUGAGACAGAUCUGUUAAAGGCUGUCUGGUCUUUGAGCUGUUUUCCUGAUGUUAAGCCAGAGGAUUUCCAUUGACUCUGGUAUAGUGCCACUUUUCCAGUGAGAAUUAUAAUGUACCCUGCCAUGGAGGUUUCGGCAUCAUAAAUACAGAAGGAGACUGGGGUGUUUUUUCUCAUGAGGGCCUGAAUUUGAGCAGCUGUCACCUGUGAAGGUGAGAGGAAUGAGUCCAUAUGAGCUGAGAGUAAUGUGGACAGUGCUACACUGGGACAGAGUUAUUGUGUUCUGGUGGCACUGGAAGAAGUGGUUGGUGAAAUAGGAGUACCCAUUAGACAUAGGCUUGCUCCUUCUCAAGAGUAUGAGCAAAAGUAGAUGCUGGAUCUGGAGUCACAGGAACAUUGUUAUUAAAUGUUUUGCUUUAUUCCAGCCCUGCUCUAAAAGGUAGUUAGUGCCUCCCAGAUCACUUCCUUCCAGCUUGGGUUGUUAAAGUGCCUUAGAGAAAACUCAACAGCAUGCCUUAAAGACAUUCCCUGGACCGGGGAUAACAUCUUGUUCAGUCAGGAAUAUCUCCAACUGUGAAAACCAGAGCACAUGCAGGAAGGGGAGGCGAAUGCACGGCUUCAGGGCUUCUGUAGGCUGCACUGUGAUGUGUUCUCUGUGCUGUGGCUGUGCAGCCAUGUAGAUGGGGGUGGCUGCUGGGGCAGAGAUGUGUGCUGGCAGCUGAGUUUUACAGAGCUUGCUCUUGCACUGAAGGUGGAGGGACAGGCUGUGGUCUCCGGCAAGCUGAGCUCUCCGAGAAGCCAUACAACAGAUCCCAGGGUAGCCUCGGGCAGCAGGCUGGAAGUGCAACAACAGUGCCUCUGGAAAGGGCUGCUGCCUGUGGAACCUUUUCCUCUUUGUGCCCCACAAAGGGACACAGUGGAAAGCGGGUCCUGUUCUAAGGGCAGCAGUUCUCAAAGGAGACCAAAACAUCUUGGCUCCCUGCACAGAGAGGAAGGUUAGCCCAGACUGAGCAAUGCUCAGGCUUCUGCAGUCUGGUCAGUCCCUAACUUCUGCAGGGUGACUUGGCUGCUGGGGAAGGAAGUGCUGAAUUUCAGCCAUUGCCCUCUGGGACUACAAGGGGCAGGGAAGGUGUUUUGUUUUGUUAUAAUUUUCCAAAAAAACCAAAUUUAAGCAACAAACAAAAAAGUCACACUCCACCCUCUAUAUUCCCUCCUGUGUGUGUGUGAAAUUUAUCAGUAUUCUGUAGGUUUCCUUAGUGCACUUAUUUUACUUGAUUUUGUAAUUUUUUUGAAGCAGGGGCGUUUGGAUAUUACUGCCAAAUAAAUGAAACAAAAUUUUAAAAAUAA